UAUGAUAACUUUUUCCAAAAACACAAUAUAUCUGUUGAACGAUGUGCGUAUUGCUCCCCUAUCAAUCAAGGAGACAUCACUUUCUGGUCCCAAUCAUGCCUCAGGGAACAUUCUUUAGUUUCUCGCUUAGGAGAUCUCCCAUGUGGCACCUAAGCUAUCGGUAAAGGAGUACAAACCCGACAAAUCUCUCUUAUUGCUCCGAAAUCAGAUCAAGGAGAGUACUCUUUUAUUCCUCGCAUUGGGAGAUUGCCCUUCAAGUUCUAGAGGGUUCUUCAUCGAAGCACAUACGUACGUAUAUAGUUACCGUAGUGUGUGUACAAUACAUAAAUAAAGCCAAAACGCUUAAAUUUUUAAUGACCAGCGAACGUUGGCCGGCAGCUCACUGUCCGGAGAUAACUACAUAUUACAAUUACCAAAUUGGCGCAGUAGUAAAAAGUUAAAAAUAAAAACCAUCGCAAAACAAUUUAAUAAAUGUCAAGUAAAAUGGCGACUUCCAAAUUUUACUCUGUCUAUUUGAAUAAAGCUACAGUAUUAGCAUUGGCUAUAUGCUUUAUAAUGCCACCGACAGCGGAAAGUGUUGGCGAAAAUGUAGUUUUGGACUUUUUUGAACAAUUACGUGUACGCAUGUGCCAUCCGAUACCGCAGUUGGGAUUACCUGCUUUGGAUCCUCUUCAAAUCACGCAUGUCGAGGAGGAAAUCAAUAAUAAAUAUUUGAUAGAUUUCACAGGCUCUGUAACGGAUUUUAAGAUUACUGGCCUCUCGGAUUUUAUCAUAAAUGAGCUCAGAAUUUCUACAAUAAGGAAAUCUAUUUUCAAUAUCACCCUACCAAUGACGGCACUACAAGCUAUUUAUGCAGCUAAAGGGUCAGUGGCAUAUAUAGUUAAUUUAGCCGGCGAUGGCGAUGCUGAAGCUCAUCUAAAGGAUUUGAGUUUAAGAAUCUCAUUUAAUUUAAAAUCUGGAAAAUAUCUUGGCAUACGAAAUUUGAGCAUUAAGAUCACAGUUGGUGAGCUUUACAUCGAUUUUGAAAAUUUACUUGAAGACGAGCGGAUAAAUGAUUUCUUCCAUGCAUUGGUUAACGAACUAGGCCUGGAGCUUUUGACAGAUCUAUGGACAUAUGAACAAGGUUUUUUGGAGGACUAUAUUCAAGAGAGCGUCAACAUUCAUAUUGGUCAAUAUACGUUAAGCGAUAUUAUUAAAAUAAUUGGUGGUAGUGGUGAUGGCGAGCCAAUAUUUGGUAGCGGGCCACCAGGUGACUGCAGGGAAAACGCAACUUUUAAUGCUUCCACAUAAAAAUAAGCAUCACAACACUGAAAAAGCUUGGUACCGAAGAGUUAGUGGCGUUAUAAAUACAUAAUUGUAUAAUACUAAAUACUAUAUGUACUAUAUCACAAUGUGAGAAUGUGUUCUAUCAUUCUUGAAUAUAUACAUAUGUUCUAUUUUCGCA